AUGAGUUUACCACGCAACUGCAAGCGAGUUUCGAGGCAGGAGCAAACUCUAGUGACAGAGGCCUGCGCUCAACGGAAAUUCGACGAGCCUUUCUUCGCCAUCUACGACGAUGCUUUCCUCAAACUACUAGGCGAGAAUCCCAAGACAACACUGGCACUUGAGAAGGACUGGCCAUUCGCUCACGAAGCCGGAGUUUACUUUCCAGACCAGGAUGCCUGCUACAUUACGAGUAACACACUCCGAUCUCAGGAGGGCCCAUCUAUCAAGAUCRGAAAGAUGGUCAGAUCCGAUGGCAAAUGGCAUUAUGAAGAAAUUCGCACCAACGUGACCAUGGGUAACGGCGGCAUCAAUUACAAAGGUGGUGUGCUAUUCUGUGACCAAGGAACGCUAGAUGAGCCUGGUGGCUUGGUCCUCGUGGAAGCGAAGCCACCGUAUGCAACGAAGACACUCAUCUCGUCCUUUCACUGGCGGCUGUUCUCGAGCGUCAAUGACGUGGUCGUACAUAGCGAUGGCGCCCUCUGGUUUACCGACCCUUCGUAUGGGCAUGAUCAAGGUUUCAGGCACGCUCCUCAGUUGCCGACGCAGGUGUAUCGAUUUGAACCAGAGUCUGGGGACAUUCGAGCAGUAGCCGACGGCUUCGGAAGAUGUAACGGUCUAUGCUUCUCGCCCGAUGAACAGACUGUGUACGUGACAGAUACAGAUUGGAUCCACGGGGAUGGUACCACAGAUCUUACCAGGGCCUCGAGCAUAUAUGCCUUUGACGUUCUUGAGAGGCACGGAUCCCAAUUCCUGGCAAACAGGAGGUUGUUCGCCAUGGCAGAUGAAGGCAUACCGGAUGGCAUCAAAUGUGACUUGGACGGCAACGUCUAUAGUGGCUGUGGCGAUGGCGUGAGCGUCUGGAGUCCUGGCGGAAAGCUGAUUGGCAAAAUCAAGAUACCCGGGGGAGUAGCGAAUUUCUGCUUCUCACGACCAGGUGAGCUCCUGGUGCUCAACGAGACCAAGUUUUGGGUGAUUUCUAUAUGCCCCAAGAUCCAAGGGGCGCUAUUGGCGAACAUGAACAUAGCCGUGUGA